AUGUCCAAAUCUAUAAGACGAGCCAUAAUACCUUUAAUCACCUUAUUAAUAAUCUUAGGUAUAACAAUAUUACAAAGGUCAAGACCGGAUGAUUCAUUGUAUCAAACUUCAUCUGAAAUUUUUGAUUCAAUAAGUCAUUUUACGUUUACAUCACCUGCCACUAAUAACAGUCCACAAUCAAAACAAAAUAUUCAAAAUAAUCUAGAUAAAUCAAUAAGUAAUUCUAAAGAUUCUACAGAUGAACAAGAAGAGCAACCAUUAGAUCCAUGUACAGUGUUUAAUCCCAUAUCAAAAGGUUUUAUAGAUCUUAGAGGUUUGUCAUCUUUUGGAAAUGAAAAUAAACCAUUACCUUGGAAUUCAAAAGGAUAUGAUUCAGGAAAAAAUUAUACUAUAGGAAUAUGUUCAACUCCAUUUAAAAAAUUACAUGAUAAUGACAUUAAAGACAAUUUAAAUUCAAGUUUAGUUGGUGGGUAUUACAUGGAGAAUAAUAAAUACAUAUCAAUUGGACAAUUUUCGACUCAACCAAAAUUUAGAGGUAAAAAAUUAACAAUAACGUAUGAAAAUGGUUCAUAUUGUAAUAAUUUGUUUGAUCAACGAGGUAACCCAUUACAAAAAUCAACAAUUCUAACUUUUACAUGUGACAGAGAAAUGUCAGCAAAAGCUACAAUAUCAUAUAUUGGGAAUUUUAAUGAUUGUAAUUAUUUUUUUGAGGUUAAAAGUCAUCAUGCUUGUCCUACAGCUGCGAAAGCCAAUAACACAGCUGCUGUUUGGAUAUUUUUAUUCAUUUUAUUGGCUGCAUUAUUCGUUUAUUUCAGUGGUGGGAUAUUAUAUAGACAAAUGAGGAAAAAUAAUACUAGUAAAGUUUAA